AUGCAAUCGUCCGAAGAGCCAUCGGGCCGCUCAAGCGGCGGCUCCCCGCCUCCUGUCCGCGAAUCGGCGCGCGCCGCGUCGCCACCAGAGAAGAAACAGAUCGGGCCGUCGGACGAGACCGACGACGAAGCGCCGCCUCGGAAGAGCCAGCUGGCUCGCUCGUCGGCGGCAAAGGCUGCGCCGCCGGCAGCGAGCCGCUCGAGCGACGAAGCGUCGCUGGGGCCGGAGCGCCCUCGCUCCGAAUCGCAGCAGCGCCAGCGGGCGCCUCGCAGCUCGACGGGCGGCGGGAAGCCAGACAAGCAGCCAGGCGCGUCGACGCCGGGCAAGAAGGGGGCCAUGGCGGCGGCUCCAGCAAGCAGGUCGCACAGCGGCGCGUCUCGCGCCUCGACGGGCAGCACGCCGCCGCCCAAGCCCUUUAAGCCGCUUCCAGGCAAGGUCACCGUUGGCGGCCGGCUGAGCCUCCCCAGCCUCCCAAGCCUCGCGCCUCCGCAGCUGCCGGACGCGCCAGCGCCCUCGCGCACCGAGUCGAUCGCGGAGGAGCGGCGCCGCCACGGCGGCAGGUUCGCCACCGGCCACGUCGUCCGGCAUGACCGCCACGCCGCGGCCUCCGAGGCCUCUGCUCUGGCCGCCGCCGCUGCGCUGGCGGGCCGCCGCUCGGUCGGCGACAUCACGCGCGCCAGCAAGCAGAGCAAGCCGGCGGCCGCCUCGGCCGCCUCGUCGUCGUCGUCCGCCGCCGCGCAGGCGGGCCGCCGCUCGGUCGGCGAUCUCCAGGCCGCGGGUUCCAAGCGCAAGCCGGGCGAGCCCGAGCCGUCUGACCCAGAGUCGGCCAUGUCAAGGCUGUCGGUGGGCGAUGUGGUGCCGAGGGCGACCGCCCAGGCGGCGCAGAUCCGCCGCCGCACGGGCUGGUGCCCGUCCAUCCGCGUCGCCGCCGCCGCAGUGGCCAUCGUCGUCGUCCUCGCCGUCGCCCUCGGCAUGGGUAUCGGAUCACCGAACCCUGACCCCCCAUCGCAACCGUCGCAACCUCCGUCGCGAGUGGGGCGUAUUGCGCCGUUCCCCCCUCCGUCGCCCCUGCCGCCCUUUGCACCCGGGAAGGUGCCGACGCCGCCGCCGGUGCCGCCACCACCGCCGUCAUCGCCGCCCCUCCCGCCCUUUGCUCCCGGGGAAGCACCGGAGCCGCCGCCGUCUGCACCGCCGUCACCGCCGCCCCCGUCGCCGCCAAGGGAGGCCGUCUCAAAGUACUUGGCUACGCUCGACGUGAGCACGGUCGCCUUCAGCAAGGAGCCGGUGACCGUCGACGCCAUCAUCAAGGCGAUCACCGCUGGCAUCCUCAACCAGAGUGAGCCAGCGCAGCUGUCCAUCGACGUGCUCCAGCAAUUCGUCGUGGUCGCCCGGCAGAAUGACCGGACUGAUGAUGAUUUCGAGGAGGCCCUGUGCCGCGCAGACAACGACUACGACCCGGACGGAUGCAGCGCGACACAGAUCGCGGCGGCGCCGCCAUCCCCGCCGCCAGCGACGCCACCGCCAGCGACGCCAUCGCCGCCAGGGCAGCCGCCGCAACCACUGACGCCACCAGCGCAGCCGCCGCCAGGGCAGCCGCCGCAACCACUGACGCCACAAGAGAGCCGGCGCUUGCUCUCCCUCUCCCGGCGGCGCGCACUCAGCGUCGCUGGCGGCGCUCAGUGGGACAUGCGGGCGAGGCUGGUGAACACGUCGCACAGGAUCUCCCAGCCUCCUGACCUUGGCGAGUUGGCCGAGGCGGUGACGCUGGACGCGGUGAUCGUCGAGAUCGAGACGUUCGUCCUGCCUUCGUCGCCGGGCAGCCUUUUCGACGACGCGAGAGAUAGCGGCAGGGUCAGCGCAGAGGUGGUGCCGGGCGUCCUGGCGGCGCUGCUAGACCUCAGCAACUUGACCAACGCAACCGAUCCCUUCAGCUUCAUCACCAAU